ACGAUGGUCGGCCCACUCUGGGUAAGGGUGGGCGCUCAGAAAUGUGUGUGCGUGCAUGUGUGUGUGUUCAGGUGUGAGCGAGCGUCGGCCUCGGAGCUCAGAGGGAAGUCUGCGCCCGGACAGUGUGGCAGGCGAAGAGCAGGUCAGAGCUCUCCGAGGGGCCCCCGACUGCUGACCAUGGGGCCAAUGCACUGAAGGGGGGCCCCUAGAUUAAAACAGAAAAAAAAAAAAUCAAAGAAGAACGGAAAAUAAUCGAGAAAAAAAGAAGAAAAGCGGGGGAAAAAAAGCAGAACAAUGGUGGCAGAGGAAGUGAUAAUUACGUUGUCCGGUGGAGCGCCGUGGGGGUUUCGUCUCCAGGGAGGCGUGGAACAUCAGAAACCGCUACAGGUGGCGAAGGUGCGUAAACGCAGUAAGGCGUGCAGGGCUGGGCUACGGGAGGCUGAUGAGCUGGUAUCCAUCAACGAACAGCCAUGUGGAACGCUCUCCCACGCUCAGGCCAUGAACCUCAUCGACAGCACCCCUGGGAUACUACACAUCCGGGUCAAAAGGGCGCCUGCUGGUUUCCAGUCUGUGGUGCUUGUGACCCGUGCUCCAUCCCCCCGUAUAGACAAAGAGUACCGGGCAGCACUGCGAGCCAUGUCACCUACUCACCCCCACCACGCACCUGUACGUGAAGUCCACCGUAGUCGCUCCUCCCUAACCAGCGGCCUGACGUCUCCACCUGGUAGUGAAGCCUACUACGGUGAGACUGACAGUGACGCAGACGUGGCUGGUUAUGAGAGGCAGCGCCGACAGAAGCGCCGCAGCCCCAGCAACUCCAACCCCGGGAAACCGACAGGACGAACCUCUCCUGAAGGCGGGGAGACGUCGGAGAUGAGCGGCUACGACAGCGCGCCAGAUGCACAUGUUUAUCCCCGUUUGUUGGAUGGACAUGGGGGAGAUGGAGGUGGAGGAGGGGGGCUACCGGGAGUGGCGAGAAGGGAGGUGAUUUACCAACCUCCUGGUCCAGGAAUGUGGUCCUCCCAGACGUCCACUGAGACCUCCUCCAUCAUCUCCUCAGCAGAUGACCAGGGGCCACGGGAUGGAGGGCAAGAGGAGGACAGUGGCUUUCUCGAGCCAGCCAACGUGCCACUGGUAUCUCCUGAGAGGGCGAAGGAGGCUCUAAUGCUGGGCUCCCGCAGCCAACUUAUUCCCAUGGUGGGUCCUGUGAAUAAACCCAUUGAUGAGGAGCUGACAACAACCUACAUGGAAAAGGCCAAGCAAGCCAAGCUAAACCGAGGGGAUACACAACAAGACAAGAAUGUAAAGGAAGCCAAAAGCAAGUGUCGAACAAUUGCAUCCCUACUCACAGAUGCUCCAAACCCUCACUCGAAAGGGGUGCUGAUGUUCAAAAAGAGAAGGCAGCGCUCCAAGAAGUACACCCUCACCAGCUUUGGUAGUGUCGAUGAAGACAGGUGCCACGAUUCACAAGAAGAGGAUGGGGUAUUCCCUGGUAGCGAAUCAGAGUUUGAUGAGGAUGGCUUCUCGGCAGUUCCUGACCCAACUUGGGACAGUGACUACCUGGAUAUGCUGGAGAAGAGAGCAACUGCAGGCACUGAAGGCCGUGGGGAUGGAGCAGAGGAUGCUGCAAGUCCAGGCUUAAGUGAGACUGCAGGCAAAGGCGCCCAGUUGUUUGAGCAGCAAAGGAAGAGGGCUGCGGAGCAUGCCAAGAAGGUAGAGGCGGCACAACCUCAGGCACCUCCACAAACUCAAGUCCAGGACCAGAUGUAUCAGUUGCAUCCAGAAAUACAACCACAAAUGCAACCAAACCUGCAGGCUCAGCAAAUAAUACCACCUGGCCCUACACAGCCACUGCUAUCUCAUGCUCCAGGUUCAGUGGCUGUUGCAGCCAAUAGAGUUGCUAAUGGUGACCUAUGCUACUCUGCAGUUAGCACAGCUAGCGUGGUGAUGUCACCUCCGGCUGUGGCACCAAAACCAGCCACUGUCCCAGUGACCGUUCUGACCAGUCCUGAUCCACCAGCUGAAACGCCAUUACCAGAGCUGCCUUCAAGUAAUGUUCUCAACAGAACGGCACGUCCUUUUACACCUGGUUUUAUCAGCAUUCGAGCUGCCACUGCCCCUGUAACGUUCCGACCACCAGUCACAAAGACGUCUCAGAGACCUGCCUCAGCAGCUGUUGUGCCACCACCAUUCUCCACUGCCUCUGAAAUAGCCAUUAAUGCACCAAUAACUUCGCAGAUACCCCAAGGUCCUCCAUCAGUGCUCUCACCACCUUCCGCUGUACGUCCAGGUCCCUUGGCAAUGGCACCAGAAGCACCUGUUGCCUAUCACCCUCCAGCCCUCUCUGCUUCGGUAGAGACAAUGCAGUCAUCACCACCAAUAACUACUGUUCAUCAGGCUCCAUUUGCAGCUGUGACUCCAAUGUCUAUGACGAUGCCGCCAGCUCCACAAGCACCAGUGGUUUCAGCCCCAGUUCCUCUUUUGUCCCAAAUCCCUGGCUCGGCUGACUUUGUUCCCCCUGUGCCGCAACUUCAAGCACCAGUUGCUCAGCCAUCGCAAUAUCGCACAGCACCUGUAGCUCAAGUGUCAGUGGUCUCCCAGCCUGAAGCUGUAGCUCCAACCCCUGUUCCUGGUCCAGGAGGUCGCACAGGAAUCUUACAUGACGCUCGACGGCGUAGUGGCAAACCUAAGCCAAUGUUCAAUGUGCCAGAUGUUAAAAAGAACUCCCCCAAUCCUGAACUGUUGUCUAUGGUGCAGAACCUGGAUGACAGGUCUGUCCGAUUCAAAUAUGGCCAACCACCGGAUGACGUUAUCUAUGAUGAUGCAGAGGAAGACAUGAGUGGUGAGGGUGGCACUGCAAAGGGGCCUCCCCCAGUGGCACCAAAGCCUCGGGUAAUCCAUGAGGCCCCACAGAUUCUUCACGCAGGAGGAAAGGGUGCCCAACUGUUUGCCAAAAGGCAGAGCCGCAUGGGUAUGUAUGUAGUGGACACCCCUCCCGAAACCCAUUACCAGCAGGAAGUGGCAAUGCAUAGUGCAGCCCCAACCCUUGACUCCUCCAACAGUUCUUCCCUUUCCUCUCAAUGGAAAUACUCCCCAAAUGUCCGCGCACCUCCACCCAUCGGGUACAACCCCCUAUUGGCCCCCUCCAUCCCUAUAGGGCCUCAGAGGGACAAAAACAAGCCAGACAACAGAGGAGGCUCCCAAAGAGAGGGAAUCAAGGCUCUGGAUUUCAUGAGAAGGCAGCCCUAUCAGCUUAACUCAGCCAUGUUCAACUAUGGGGGCAGUGCUGCUAAUCUAUCAGCCAUGCCGUCUUACCAGGCCCAGCAGGGUGACUACAAAACAGCAAUGGUGGGCAGUUCAUUAACCACACCAAGGCAGAUCCCCCUCAAAACAGCCCGGGUCUACGAGAUCAAGCGAUUCUCCACACCUACACCAAUGUCAGCUCCCUCUCUGGCUCCCAAAGUCAUUGCUCCCCGUUCAGCCACAACCCUAGGAGAACGUUUGACUCAUUCCGGCAUGACCUCCCCAACUCCUGUUCCUUUCACUCCAACUCCAGCCCAGCCAAUGAUGCCAGCACCAGCCAGUGCUCUAACUCCAGCUUCACCUCCCUCCCAACCAGGUGGACUGCCAAGCCUCCCAAAAUUCGCUGCUGCCCCUAUUCCACAACCUGUUCCACCCUCAGGUCCUAAACCUUACACUCCAGUAUCGUACAACAGUGGGCUCCAGAUGGCGAAGCAGUUCCAGAGCGCUCCUGAGCUCAGUAUCCUUGCCUCUCUGCCCCCACUCAAGUCCAACCCAGUUCAGGCACCCAAACCACAUUUUGUUGCCACCAAAGGAGGCGUCCAGCCCCGUGUCUGGAGGCCAGGGGCAUUCUGAACAGCAAUAAGUCAGUCAGCAUCACAUUUGGACAUCUGAAUGCAUUAUUCAUGUAGUGCUGAAAUGACAAGUCAACUAUGCACCGAAAAUUAAUCAAUGACAAUUUUGGUAAUUGGUUCAUUGUUUAAGCCGAGGAAAAAUGUUUCAGUUUCUCAAAUGUAAUCAUUUCCUGCUUCUCUCUUGUUAUAUCAAUGGUAAAGUGAAUUGGUUGAAAAAAAGAAAAAAGUGGUAAAUUAAUAAUAAUAACCAGCCCCACAUACAUUAUCUAAAAUUCAACUUUCCACAUUUUUUCAAUAUGCUAGACUUUGAAUAGUAGUACUAGAUCAUAAACACCUACUUGCUGUUCAAAAUGCUGCUUAUCACAUUUAUCUCGCUGCCAACACAUUUAACUGAGUGACAGUAAUAAUAGGAUAUAUUAUCAUAUACUGUAGCCGUAUAGUCCACCAUAUGCCUGUCCUGGGGGGAGGUUUGUGUAAGGCUUCUGGAGAUCUCUUCUACUAAUUUAGCAGAAAAUCCAUCUGAACAGAGCCUGUACUGAAUAAUUCUUUGAAACUUGAAAUGUCUAAAAAGUGAAUCGCUGCAGUUCUGACAAUAGGAUUAAAUCUCUGAAGAUGUAUGUUGUGUGAUGUUGACAGGAGGGGGUGGAUAAAGGCUUUUAUCUCUGAACAUGUAAUUCUCAGUACCUGUCCGACAAAAUGUUGUGCACAAAGUGUUUUUUACCCGCUCUGUCUGUAGCAUUAUCAAGGAGAAACCACGGUGGCCUGGUCUCCUCGCCCGAGGGUUUAAGUGACGCACGACAAGUUGAAAAAAUGUUUUUAAACACCUCGGCCCGCUGUGGAUCUAUAAGCGAAGACAACGUUUGCUCUUGAAAAGUGUUCGUAAGGUUGUGCCAAAUACCUCUGCUCACUAUAGCCAGAGAGAAAUGCUAUCUUUUUUAGCGCAGGUCACAUUCAACAAGUGCCUGGCCUGUCACUGAAUGUACACUUGUCACUGGAUAUCAGAGCUUCCGAUUGCCACUUUGGCACACCAGAGCCUCCUUAGUUUCAGUGUGAUCAUUGCAGAUAUAUGUAAAUUCUUAACUUUUAUUAAACAAAUAACACAGAUGAAGGAAUGUGUAUUUUGUUUUGUUUAACUGUCAUUUGAUCUGAAGGGAUGCAAUGGGAAGUUGAUGGACUGAGAGGUUACCUGCAUUUGUAAAAGGGUUCAAGGAAUGAGAGUCGCUGUGGAGGGACGGUAUGAGUAAUAUAUAUGUAAGCCAAAUUACCAGAUGAGGUCUCAGUGAGGGCUUUGCCCAUUUCCCAGAAAUGCUCAUAACAUAAUGUAAUAAAACUGAGACUCUGGAGUGAUUACAUAUCGUUUAUAAUGCCACAGCCUCUGGAUUUUAAAGAAAGGCCAGGGAAGUUUGAUCCAUUAAGUUUGUGGGUAAAAGCAACAGAAGCUGAAGGAAAGAAGCACAAACGUUUCGCUGCUGUCUUUCCAUUCAGACUGGUUGCUAUUAAAAAGCAAGGACAACUAUAAUAAAUGGCUAUGUAUCUUGAAAGAUUUGGUAUGUUAACGGAAACAAAUAAAUGAUUAUGUUGUUUUCAGUUGUGGAAGAUACUUUUGUUGUUUUUUACCGUUUUUAAAAUACAAUUUCUCUUAAAGCUUUUUUUUUUUUUGCUUUCAUAAUAUUAUGGCUGCAAAAAGUCUAAGUUAUGGUUAUGGUAAUGUUGAGGUGUAAAAUACAAUAUAUAUGUUUCUGAAUGUAGUCGUGUUAAACUAUAAGUGUGAAAAUGUUUGUUAUUAAGGCUGAGUAGAAGUUUAUACUGACUAGGGGACAAAACAUUUUUAGAGAAAUAAAAUUAGACUUGAAAGCUC